AAGAAGAAACGUUCAUGUGCUAGAUGGACGGAAGAAGAAAACAAAAAGUUAAUUGAAGCAUAUAUUAAGUAUGAAGGCAAGAAUUGGAGUGCCAUUGCAAAGACUGUUGGAAACAAAACCAGCGACCAGUGUAACCAACAUUGGUGGAGAGUUUUGAAUCCUGAAAUUUGUAAGCAACCUUGGGGUAACGAUGAGGAUCAAUUACUCUAUGACCGUGUUCAAGAAUUUGGUGAAAGCUCAUGGAAGAAGGUUUCUCAAGGUUUAAGAGGAAGAACAGAUCUUCAAUGUAGACACAGAUGG